AUGGUUCCAUCUGAAAUACCCAAAGAAAAGAAAAAGGAAGCUGCAAAACCAGUUAUAAAGGACACAGUAGUGAAAAAGGAAGAUGAGAAGAUUAUUACAGAAGAUAUCACUAAAGAAGUGAAGAAACCAGAAGAAAAAGAGGAAAUUAUUCCACAAGAAAUACUUGAAGAAAAGGCAAAGGAAGCUGAGAAACCAGUUUCGAAAGACACAGUAGUGAAAAAGAAAGAAGAGAAAGUUGUUACAGAAGAUAUCAUUGAAGAAGUGAAAAAACCAGAAGAAAAAGAUAACACUGUUCCACAUGAAAUACCCGAAGGAAAGAUAAAGGAAGAUGAGGAACCAGUUUCAAAGGACACAGUAGUGAAAAAGGAAGAAGAGAAGAUUAUUACAGAAGAUAUCACUGCAGACGUGUUGAAACCAGAAGAAAAAGAGGUAAUUAUUCCACAAGAAAUACCUGAAGAAAAGGGAAAGGAAGCUGAGAAACCGGUUUCUAAGGACACAGUAGUGAAAGAGGAAGAAGAGAAAGUUGUUACAGAAGAUAUCACCGAAAAAGUGAAAAAACCAGAAGAAAAAGAGAAAACAGUUCCAUUUGAAAUAUCCAAAGAAAAGAUAAAGGAAGAUGCAAAACCAGUUUCGAAAGACACAGUAGUUAAAAAGCAAGAAGAGAAGGCAAAGGUACCUGAGAAACCAGUUUCAAAGGACACAGUAGUGAAAGAGGAAGAAGAGAAACUUGUUACAGAAGAUAUCACUGAAGAAGUGAAGAAACCAGAAGAAAAAGAUGAAACUAUUCCACAUGAAAUACCUGAAGAAAAGGCAAAGGAAGCUGAGAAACCAGUUUCGAAAGACACAGAAGUGAAAAAGGAAGAGGAAGAGGUUAUUGUUGAAGAUAUCACUGAAAAGAAGAUAAAGGAAGCCGAGAAACCAAUUUUGAAGGACACAGUAGUGAAAAAGGAGGAAGAGAAGGUUAUUAGAGAAGAUAUCACUGAAGAAGCGGAAAAACCAGAAGAAAAAGAAAAAACAGUUCCAUCUGAAAAACCCGAAGAAAAGACAAAGGAUGAUGUAAAACCAGUGUCAAAGGACACAGUAGUCAAAAAGGAAGAGGGGAAGGUUAUUACAGAAGAUGUCACUGGAGAAAUGAAGAAACCCGAAGAAAAAGAAGAAACUGUUCUACACGAAAUACCUAAAGAAAAGGCAAAGGAAGCUGAGAAACCAGCUUCAAAGGACGCAGCGCUGAUGAGGGAAAAGGAGGAGGUUAUUACGGAAGAUAUCACUGAAAAAGUGAAGAAACCAGAAGAAAAAGAGGAAAUUAUUCCACAUGAAAUACCCGAAGGAAAGGUAAAGGAAGCUGAGAAACCAGUUUAA